AUGACUUGUGUAUAUAAGUGGCAUAUGACAGUAGGUAUAGUUUAUAUGAAUGAAGAUGCAAGACAAAGGAUAUCUCAGAGGAAACAAAUAUAUGGUGUCAAUGCCAGUCUCUUGAGGAAUGUACCUGCUAGGGGGCUUCACCAAGAGAUGGAAGACUUCUACUUGUGGAUGUGUCCGACUGAAGAAGAGCACAACAUGAGAAAACGAGUUGUGGAGCGCAUUGAGCAGGUCAUUGUCGACCUCUGGCCCCAAGCGAGAGUGGAGAUCUUUGGCAGUUUCCGUACCGGUCUCUACCUUCCCACCAGUGAUAUUGACCUUGUAGUGAUUGGGAAGUGGGAUGCGUUACCUCUCCGAACGCUAGAGAAAGCUCUCUUGGACAACAAGAUAGCUGAGCCAUCCUCGCUGAAGGUCUUAGACAGAGCCUCGGUGCCAAUUGUGAAACUAACAGACAGCGAAACCGAUGUCAAGGUGGACAUCUCAUUCAACAUGAGUAGUGGAGUGAACUCGGCACGGCUGAUCAAGGACUUCAAGAGAUUAUUCCCACCGUUGCCCAAGCUAGUGAUGGUGCUGAAGCAGUUCCUCCUGCAGCGGGAUCUCAAUGAAGUGUUCACUGGCGGGAUUUCUUCGUACUCUCUCAUCCUCAUGACUGUUAGCUUCUUGCAGCUACACCAACGGUUAGAUGCAUCACAGCCCAAUGCUAACCUUGGAGUCCUGCUAAUUGAGUUCUUUGAGCUGUAUGGUCGACACUUCAACUACUUGAAGACUGGCAUCAGAAUCAAGGAAGGAGGCGCUUAUAUCUCCAAAGAUGAGGUACAAAGAGACAUGCGAGAAGGUCACACACCAGCAGUGUUGUGUAUUGAAGAUCCCUUAAUACCAGGAAAUGACAUAGGGCGAUCUUCGUACGGUGUGCUACAAGUUAAACAGGCAUUUGAAUAUGCAUAUAUUGUGUUGUCUCAGGCUGUGAACCCCUUAAAUAAUUUAAUUAAUGACCCUAAUUCCUACUCGAUACUGGGGCGGAUCCUUCGAAUAACCGACGACGUAAUCACAUAUCGACACUGGAUCCGUAAGACUUUCCCUGUCACCCACCCUUCCCCUUCUUCAAGCAGUCAUCAUCUUACCCCCUCUCACCCUGCAACUCCGCCAACUCCACCUGUUGCAUUCCACACCCACAGCCAUCUACAGGUGACAUCAGGUAACCAGUACAACAGCAACAAGAAUACCAAUAAUAACAAUAACAACAAUAACAAUAAUAAUAAUAAUAACAAUACACGAAGCAAGUCUAGUGUUGCCGAUGAUGAUGCCUUAUCAUCUGAAGCUUCGGAACCUCAUUCCACACCCCCCUCUUCAGGCUCCUCAGUUAGUGAUGAUACGGAUUCUGAUCAGCCAGUUGAGAUGAGUGAGGGAAGUAGAGACAGCUCACCCAACAUCCAUCACCACCACCAUACUCACCACCACAGUGCCACAGCCACCACAACCCCCAUCACCACCACAAACACCAUUUCCAGUAGUAGCAGCAGUAAACAUACCUUACCUACCCCAAUUCCCUCACACCGUCUCUUGAGCUCCGUUGCACCUCUGACGACGACGACAAGCGCCACGGAAAACCAUGGCUCUGAAUCGGUAGAGGUUGUGGCGGAAAUCCAGCCGUCACAAAGACAGACCCGCCACCAGUCCCCUGCCAACCAUUCCUGGCAUCAGCAGCUGGCAGGAAACGCAGGAGGCAGCUCCACGGCACAGCCCGCGACCAAUGCUGGUAAUCAUAGCAACAGUCCGGUCAAACCAUGGCAUAAACAUAGAAGAUAUUCUCAGUCUUCACAAGGCUCGUCCACUGGCGUAGGAGAUGGCCGCACUGGCAAGAGUAACAGCGGGAGCAAAUACAUGGGAGAUGCUGUUGGCAGUGGGAAUGGAGGUGUACACCACGGCAGCAACAGCCACCAUGGUAAUGCAAGCAGUAGUGGCAAUCUAGGAGGUAGCAACCAGCCCAGAUACCACCGACCGACCUACAAUAAGCGCAAGAAGUCUGCUCGCCGGGACUCAGAUGGCAGAGCAGAAUUGAGGGAAUCUCAUCGGUGAUUGCCGGAGGAGAAUCUGACUGAUGGCAUAGUUGAUUAGGCCCCCUUGGGACUGCUUGACAGGCAUGGGGUGCUAGUCCUCUUGUCGGUGAUUUAAACGGUGGAUUGUCAGGUGACUGUGAUGUCAGCCAUUGCCCCUCCUAGCGAGGCGCAGGCUGAGCCCUUCUUGUGUGUUUGUGUGAAUAUUCAAAACUGUCUGCGGCUCAUGAUUCUUGUGGCUAGUGGAGGGCGAGGUGUUGUGCCAAACCCAUGUGAAGGCAACCUUGCAUGUGGCAUGCUCAUUCAACAUAAAAGUGUUCCACAUUGGAAAACAUGCAGGGACUUUUUUUCUUCCUUUUUCUGUCUCCAAAGAGUAGGAAUUAGGUGGCAGUGACACUGAUAGAGCAGAAGGUGGCAUCUUAUAAUUGGAAAAUUAAAUGUAUAGAAAAAAUGAAUAAAAAGUAUGAAUAUGUAUAAGUAAGGAAAAAUGUGAUGUGUAUGCAUUUUUGUGUUCCUUCAUGUCUUGAAAAAAAAGAUAUAUACCAAAAAAAGAAAACAAAAAGCUUUCUUAAGGGUCAAUAUCAAAAGGAAAUUAGUGAUGAAAAAACUAUCAAGAAGUGUGCAAGUCAAUGUUGACACCAUCAUGUUAACUGUGAUGCAAAUGCUGUAUUGACAUGUUUACAAUGAAGCAUCUGGAUGGGCUUUUGCUACAGAAACAGAAUCGGUAUGAGGAGGAAAUUGUGUGCCGGCACGCUCUCUGACAAUGAUGGAAGGGUAAGUGUCAUGACUCCUUCAUCUUCCACAAACCACAAGAAUUUUAGUAGACCAAUAUCUUUAGAGCUCAUUUUUAAAGAGUUUUAUUUAUAUUCUUUAAGCUCAACUUGGCUGUUUUGAUGACUAAUCCCAAAGUCAAUGAAGUCAUUUCAUAUUAAAAAAAGAAAAGUUUUAUAUGAGUUUAUCUUGAGAUUGUACAUUCAAUCUCUUUGAGUCAAAUUACUCUCUUUGAGUCAGAUUAACAGUAUGGGAAGUUUGUAUGCCUAAUGACUGCUGUUGUGGCCUGCCGUGCUUGGGAGACUUUUUGUUUUCACAACAAAUUCAAACCAACGUUGAGGUCAUUUCCCCCCCAGCGGAAUUGGGCAAAAAUGGGGUUCAUAAAACCCCUGUUGGAAGGUAUGUUCCUGGUUAAAGCUGGUGUUUAGAAUGUUAUAUAAAAGGCAAAAAAAAAAAGAAAAAAAAAGAUGCAGAGGUGUCACCAUAAUAAAGGAUUGUUUAGUGAUAAUUGGAAUAUUUUGGAGAAAAGUCACAGCAAGUCUGGCAAGUUUUGGAGGGUAUGCUGGAACAUGUCUGUGAAAGGUCUAGUGAUACCUGAAAUGUAUUUCCUAGCUUCCUGUGGCUAUUAAUAAUGUGUAGAAUUUUUUUGUUGUUGAUAAUGUUUAACAAUGGAAGUGUGGGAGGAUGCAGUGGGUGUAUAGCCACUAUACAUGCUGCAUCCCUAGUUCAAAAUUUUUACCUAUUGUAAUUAAUGGCAGAUCAUCACCAUGGCUAUUGUUUUUGAAAUUUGUAAUUAGUUGCUUUGUAAUCUUAAACCAUGAAACAUUUGCCCACAGUGUUAACAUGCUAGAAUGAUUGUACAGUCAAUUGUAGUUUUGCAAUAAACAAGCAGUGUUGUCUUCACUGGUCUGGAUCUGUCACAGGCCGAACACUUAAGGUCUUCAACUAAACAUUUUUGUAGAUUGUGAUGUGGUGUGCCAAGAAAGUACUGUUGCAUAAGACUACAGAAGAGUUAUCCAGUCAACUAAGUCAUGCAUAUAGUGAUAUAGACAAGUCCAUAUCAUUUGUGUUUUAAUUCACUAAUAGAAUAUUUUCCUAUGUAUUUGACAAUGUAGUUAUAAUAGAGUUAUUUAUUGUACGGAUUAUAAUGCAUUUCAGAUUUACAUAGGUUGUACAUUACUAUGUACAUGCAUAAAUUGGGUGCUGUUUUACAUGUAGAAAAGCCGAGAGUUGCUGUACAGUGUUCAGAAUAUGGUGUCCAAAUUGAAAUGUGGAAACCUCCCAAUACAAUCAAAUACUAAUUAAAGAGACUUAAAAUUAAGAAUGUAUAUUGGAUAUUUUACUUGAUAGGGAGUUAUGACAAUACAUGUAGAGGGUGAUGAAUGGUGACACAACAACACACACAUACAUUCAUAGACAGUAGCACCCAUUAACACGCACACCUAUGCACAUGUAUACCAAUUUCCAUAUCUUACAUGAGAAUCAAAUGCAGGAAAAGGCAUAAGCUCAGAGACACCUAUGCAUAUAUGUAUUACAUGUUUACAUGAAUGUGUUAGCAUGUUCUCUUAACACAAUUGGAUUAAGUUGUCACUAGUUCUUUUACAUACCUUCUCUCCUUGGUCUCAUUCACACACAUUUUCCUGUGUUUUGCCCUCUCUGCCACCUCUCCCUCACCCUCUCCAUCUCUUUCUCCCUUUCUCUCACCCACUCUUUCCCUCUCCCUCUCUCCCCUGUGCCCUCCUCCUCACCCCUGCUUCCUCCCUCCCAUUUAUCCAGUUAUUUAUCUUGUGUUGCUGAAGCAUGUACUUGCACCAGUUUUCCAAGCAAGGCUUGAAUAUGAGAAAAGGAUAUUACCAUCACAGCUCUAAGUGCACUCGGCCUGUAACGUGGUUUCUUGUUUUGAUGUUGCUAGAGGAUGAGACCUGUGUGAGAAACUUUUACCUUUGUACUGUAAUUCCCAUUUUCCUUGUCGUGGGAACUCAUAGGCCGUAAACUUUUGUAGUAUUCUGUUCAGCACUACAAGAUUAAUAAAGAUAAUUAAAAAAAGAUUAGUGAGUA